AUGAGCGCCGAAGAGGUCGCGCGGAUGGACAAUCCCUCCGGCGGCCGCUUCAACAACGCCGGCCGCCGUGCCUGGUGGUAUGGGCGCGACGUCGACCGCACGCUUCGCGAGUACGCCUACCGUCCACGCGUCCGCGGGCAACGGGAGCCGGUCCACUUCCCGCAGGUGGCGUCCAUGGCGCCGACGCCUACGGAGCAGGGGGCACCGACACAGACCGCAACGUCCGGAACCUCACGCAUGGGAUCGUCCGCCGUCGGGCGCACGCGCUCGGCCACGCCCGCACCUCCUUCCGACGGCGUCGUCAUCCGCGACGACGCCAGGCGUGCCUCCUCUGCUCCGGCUCGUCGGACGACGGGGUCGGGCCACCGCUCCCGCGCAGGCGUCCAACAGAAGAUUCGAGAUGACCAGCAUACGUUGGAAGCCGUUCCAACAGACCAGGCAAGAUUAUGGCUGGAAUCGGCAAAUAGUGCUAUAUCUGAAGAAGAGGCAAACCACCUGCUUUACGAACAGAGGUACCGAUUAUGCGGGUGCUGCUACCCAAAUUUCUUGGAAAACUACAAGAUCAGUAAGCGAGCGGAUGAGCAGCAGAAACAUGUAAAAUCAAUCACGAGUAAUGCACCAGGUGAUAAUAAUAUCACACGUGCGCCAGAUCCACGUCCGGUCGAGAGUAUGCUCGUAGAUCCUGCUCCUAUGCCGCGAAGCAGAGAGGUUAUUCUCGAGGAUGCUCUCCGGUUCAUUAAGAGCAAUGAUCCCAAUGAGCGGAUAGUUGGAAUGUGGGGUCCAGACAAAGAUGAUAACACAAAUCUCCUCAAGAAGAUCAACAAUUCAUUUCUUGAAAAAAGUCUCUUUGAUUUUGUUAUCUUUGUUCCAAGCCUCAACGAUUGCUCGGUAAAAAAUAUUCAAUCUGAAAUCAUAAGCAGGCUCGGUAUCAAGCAGGAUGGUAAUGAGGCAACUCGAGCCACUAGGAUAUGUGGACAGCUCGAGAACAAAAAUUUCCUGCUGAUUGUGGAUGACCUCCGUCAGAAUCUGGACCUUCGAGCGGUUGGCAUUCCAUAUCCUCUUGGAUUUGUGGGAGAGAAGAAGAGGAAAGUGGUAAUCAUGUCACUAUCAGGAUACAGAUUCGUUGGUAAUCUAAUGGGUGUGAACAAAGAUAUUGAACUGCCUAUUUUGCAAGAGGAGGAAGCACGCGAGCUAUUUAGACAGUCAAUAAAUUACCAAGGCGAUCUUUAUUCUGAUCCCAACAUCGGGCCACAUGCUACUAAUCUGGUACGGGCAAUAAAUGGUCUGCCAUCGGAACUGGUACGUUAUGGGAAGUCAAUGCGUGGAACAACGGAUGCAAGUUCCUGGAAAGUUGCUAUAUAUGAUGCAGCAAGUAAAUUUUCGAGGUCACGUUCGAUAGAAGACACUCUCCGUCUCAUUGAGGAUGAUCCCACCUUGGGGAUAAUUGGAAUAUGGGGUCCGGGUGGAGUGGGAAAAACACAUCUUCUGAAAAAAAUCCAAGGCUUUUUCAGAGGAAGGAUGACGGUUAUAUGGGUGACAGCCUCCAGCCAGUGUUCAGUGUCGAAGGUCCAAACUCAAAUUUUGGAUGAGCUGAAACUGAAAGGUGAUGGUAAUGUGGGAAACCAAAGUGGUAUAAUCCAUGACUUCCUGGAGAAUAAAAGCUUUCUGUUACUGUUGGAUGACCUUUGGGAAAGAAUUGAUCUUGAAGCAGUUGGCUUACCACUUCCCCUUGGAAUUGAACCUUUGAGCAAACUAAAGAGAAAAGUUGUGCUCACAACAAGAUUUACAUCCGUUUGUGGUGGGAUGGAGGUCAGAAAACAGAUUCAAGUUCCAUAUCUGCAGGAGACUGAGGCAUGGGAGCUAUUUAGAGUGAAGGUUGGCGACCAAACUCUUUUUUCUCCUGGUAUUGAGGAUCGUGCAAGAAUACUUGUGACUGAAAUGAAGGGCUUGCCUUUAGCUUUGGUAACUGUGGGAAGGGCAAUGUAUGGGAAAUUUCGUCCGGAUCAAUGGGAUUCUGCCAUCCAACAUAUGAAAAAGUCAUGCUGCAUUGACACAAAUGAAGACCCACUGAAAAUGGAGGAAGAAGUUUUCAGAAAGAUCAUGUUUAGCUAUGAUAACUUGAAAAGCGAGAGGCUGAAGAAAUGUUUCUUGACUUGUGCACUGUGGCCAGAGGAUCAUGAGAUUCGCAGGGAAAAGCUUGCUCAAUGCUGGAUUGGCUUAGGUCUGGUGGAUGUGGGGGACAUACAAAAUCCCUACACAAAAGCUUAUAGUGUGAUGGGCGACCUUAUAGGUGCAUGUUUGUUAGAGGGUUGUGGAGAAUCGAAUGAUUGUGUCAAACUUCAUGAUGUGAUUCGUGAUAUGUCUUUAUGGAUCUCUUGUGGCUGCGGUGAGAACAAUGACAACUGGUUUGUCCGUGCAGGAGUUGGGCCAGAUGAAAAUUUUAGCAUCCCUUGGAGCAGUGCAGAAUGCAUCUCAUUAAUGUUCAGCAGGAUGAAGAAACUUCCUUCUAUUGGUGAUCCGCUGAAACUGAGGGUGUUAUGCCUUAAAAACAAUAUGUUGGAUGAAACAAUAAUAGAUCGAGUACUUGUGAAUUCUGCUAAACUGACAUAUCUGAACUUGAGCUAUACUAAACUCAAAGGGAUACCUGAAAGCUUAUGUCAUCUGGCAGAACUGAGACAUCUCGAUUUGUCACUUAAUGAAGGGAUAAAGGAAGUGCCUCGCAGCUUUGGAAACCUCAUUAAGCUCAAGUUCCUGUACCUGGAGGGCAGCAAAAUAGAAAAAAUACCAAAUGAGGUCAUAUCUAGACUUGUAGCAUUGGAAAUAAUACACGUGGAUCUUAUGCGGGUGUCUGAUUCUACCAGAUCUGAUGUAUUUAGAGAGUUGGGCACACUGAAUCACUUGAAAGUUGUUGUUACAUCAGUAAGACUUCUGGAUUCAUGGACAUCACUUCAUGAUGCGGCUGACCUACCCAUUCGGUCUUUAAGUUUGGAUAUAUCUCGUGAAAUAAAGGAAUUCCAUCUCUAUGAUAUUUUAUCAUUGGACUUCGCACAAACGACCUUGUGUGAAAUGGAUAUUGCAGGCGACAGAGAUGUAGAUAUAACAUUAAUACAGAGGCUUGAACAACAACCCUGCAGUUUUGGUGUUCUUAAUAAACUGACCAUCCGUAUUUUUCCAGCAUUGACAACAGUAAGAUGGAUGGGAACAUCUCCAAAAUCUGUAUUUCCAAGUCUCACUUGUUUGAGCGUGAUAGCCUGCAAGCAGCUAGAGCACCUGUCUUGGGCGAUGUAUCUGCCUUGCCUUGAAAAACUCGAUGUAUCGGACAAUCCUAGCAUGCGGAAGGCUUUUACAAGGUAUCAUGUUGACAACGGACAAGAGAGUUCCCAGACAUUUCCUUGCCUCAAGACCCUUGGUAUUUGGGACUGCAGAUCGCUGGUCACUAUUGCAGAUCCCGGUGUGACAUUCCCAUCCCUAGAGGUGCUGCAGAUUGGAGAUUGUCCGAAGCUGAAGAAGCUUCCUUUUAACAUGGACAGGUUGCCACUAAGUCUGAAGGUUCUACAUAUGGGUUCUAAAUCCUGGAGGCGAUUGGAAUUGGAAAAAGGUGUCAGAUCUUUCCUUAAGCCCAAGCUUCAAUAUUAAUAUGUUAAAUAACAUGAGCAAAAUCUGUCCAUUCGAUUCCAUGUUUCUCUCUGGGCUCAAACAAGGAUAGGCAAAGGUAUCAUCAUCUCGUCUGGGAGUGUUAUCAGGCAUGUUUAUACAGCGUGCAUGUUUAUAAAGCUUCUUUCGGCUCGAGAGGUGUGCUGUGUCUUCGCACCGCAUUUUUCUUUCCCUCUAUUUGAGGUUCAGUUCCGUCAGGUCCUAUGUUGUGAGCUGGACCGAAGUGUUGCCAGAGACGUGAUGUGCUUUCAGUUGUAUGAAA